GCAAACUGCGAGAAUAGUCCCCGAGUUAUCAUUCCUGCACCCAAUAAAUACCUCUACGUAAAGAUUGGAGGAUCCAUAAUGAAACACUCCAUGAAAUUGAGGAAUGGAACUUUCACUACAAUAAUAACUGGUCAACGAUGUGAUAACGCUGAUAGAAUCAUGGUUCACACAUCUCUCUUCUCGGCUCUGAUAUGUCCUUAUGAAAACACCUACAGACGAGAUCAUCUCGUCGAAGUGUUCUCCGAAGGUUGGCAUCUCAAAGAAAAUCGUGAACACACUGUCGACGGGCUGGUUCUGGACAAGGUCGAGAUCGAUCGUCUAGGAAGAGAGUUGCCAAGGAUGAUCGUAGUUGAAUUUUAUGGAAAGGAGGUGGGAGAAUAUCCUGUAAUGUGGCUGGAGUUAGCGAGGAGGCGCGAUAUCCCUCCAAAUGGAUUGGGUCUCUUCAUGAUGGCACCAGAUGAAUGUCAAUAUCGUUGCCCAGAGCUAGAUGCAUGUAUCAACGCCACUGUGUGGUGUGAUGGAGUGGAAGAUUGUCCUUCUGGCAUCGAUGAAGCUCUCACGCAUUGCUCUCUGCUUCUCCAGCUUCCGCCUAUUUAUCUCUUCCUCGGUGCUCUUGGAGUCAUCAUAUCAAG